UCGGAUCCUCCCGGAGGGAGGGGGCUUGGAGCUUAUUUAACGUCCCCGGCUGGCCCAGCCUGGCACACUCGGAGCAGCAGGCGGGCGGCACAGUGGGGAGCUCAGCCGGAGCCAUGGCAUCGCAGCUGGAAGGGGCCAUGGAGACCCUCAUCAAUGUGUUCCACCACUACUCGGGCAAAGAGGGGGACAAGUACAAGCUGAGCAAGAAGGAGCUGAAGGAGCUGCUGCAGAGCGAGCUGGGCUGCUUCCUGGAGACCCAGAAGGACGCAGGUGCCGUGGAGAAGAUCAUGCAGGACCUGGAUGAGAAUGGCGACGGGGAGGUGGACUUCCAGGAGUACGUGGUCCUGGUGGCUGCCCUCACCGUGGCCUGCAACACCUUCUUCUGGGAGAAUGCCUGACCCAGGCUGGUCCCCACCCCCCAGCAGCCAGCCAUGGCGCCCCCAAAAUGCAGAGCCCCCCUGCCACCCCCUCAGCUCACCCUCUGCUCCCCAGCACGCCCAGGGGUCCCACCGGGAUCCAGCUCCACAAUAAAGGCACUGACCCAGC